AAACGGCGCUAACCCAAACCCACGGCCCCCCGGACUCCCUCGUUUCAAAGCUGCGACCGUUUCUCCUGCGCUCCCGCUCCGCUCUGCUGCUGCUCCAUCGCACUUCAAACUCCACAUCUACUCUUCUCCACGACCGUCUUUUUGGCGAGAAGCAACAGCGUUGUUUUUCUAGCUUCACACCACUGCGCGAGCCGGCCUCGUUGCGCCUUAUUCUUCGACUUCCAUCCUUUUCCCCUCCUCUUGACACGCGGUCCCCGGCCCUUCAAAAACACCGCCCCUUUCGCACCUCGCCAUCCGCCCAUUGCUCGCUGGUCGUCCGCAACACCCAGCUGUUUCAGCUUCCUUGCUGACCUACACCCGCCGUCUCGAAUCCCUCCCCAGUCCACCGACACCACCCUUCCCCGCCCUCACCACGCUCGAGACGUGCCGGCGACGCUGACCCACGCGUCUCCGUCAAUCUCAAUCAUGUAUCCCGUGUCGCAUCACCAGGCAAUGGCUGCCCCGGCCGCCCAGCACCGCUCCGUCCAACCUGAAACCUUCCUGUUGAACGACGAGGCACAGCAGAGUCUACCCAGCGAGAGCGUCGUCGCGCUGCAGCAGGUCGACAAUCUCAAAUACUUCCUCAUCUCGGCGCCGGUCGAUUGGAGUCAAGAUCAGUACAUUCGAAGAUUCCUGCUCCCAACUGGCGAAUAUGUCUCUUGUGUGCUCUGGAACAACCUCUUCCACAUGUCCGGCACGGACAUUGUGCGUUGCCUUGCCUUCCGCUUCCAAGCCUUCGGUCGACCCGUCAAGAACUCCAAGAAAUUCGAAGAGGGCAUCUUCUCCGACCUCCGCAACUUGAAGUCCGGCACAGAUGCCUCUUUGGAAGAGCCCAAGAGCCCCUUCCUCGACUUUCUCUACAAAAACAACUGCAUCCGCACGCAAAAGAAGCAGAAGGUGUUUUACUGGUACAGCGUGCCACAUGACCGCCUCUUCCUCGAUGCCUUGGAGCGAGAUCUCAAGCGCGAGAAGAUGGGCCAGGAGGCCACCACCAUGGCCGUCAGCGAGCCCGCCCUAUCCUUCCAGUUCGAUUCCUCGCAAUCGCUUUUUGAGCAGCUCACCAAAGCUCAGCAAAACAGCCAGUCGUCCUUCACUGCUCAACCCCAGUCCAUGCCGCCCUCCCACUCCAGCUCCCCCGCGCCUCGAGCUGCAGAUUCCAUGCCACCGCCGCCUUCAGUCAUCCGACCGCAGCAUGCUCCUCAUCCUCAGCAGAUGCCGACCAGCUCCAUGCCGCAACAACAUCCGCAUCAUCACCAGGUCAUGGCCCCGCCCAUGCACGAAGACAUGUCGCACAUGGCCUCCUACCACUCCAUGCCCAUGCCGCCUAUGCCAUCCCAGAUCAAGCACACGCGCGAGCAGUCAGUCAACCCGGUGUUUGACCGCAAUGGAAUGCCGCUGUCGCAAAUCGCGCACAGGCACAGCUCCAUGCCGACCUACAUGGAGUAUUCGCCUGCGCCUUCUUUUGUCUCGUCACACUUUGAUGAGUACAGCCGGAAUAUGUCUUACGAGCCGCUGACACCCCCUCAACACAAUGGCGGCAUGAUCUCCGAGACCGCUUCCAUCGCUAAUGAAGACACCGGUCUGUACACUGCGAUCCCAGACGUAGGAAUGCAGCAGCCAUUCAACCCCCUCAUGUCCAUGCCAUCCAAUCUUGCUGGCGGCCAAUUCCCAUCCAUGGCUCGCAACUUCAACCCACAGCAAACUUACUCCAUUUUGGAGGGCUCGCCCACGUACAAACAGCGCAGACGUCGGUCUUCUCUCACCACCGGUCCCAUGACUUCCACUGGCGUGAUGGCCAAUGGUAUAGGUCACGCCCACCCCACUCAUCGACCCAGCGACCUCCGACGUUCUGUGUCCAGCUCCGUCGUCCCGCAGUCUAUCCCGGAAAUCCACGAGAUGUCUUACCACGACUCGCCCGCAAGCAUGCACACCAACCAGCACCCCGCCCAACAUAUGAUGGGUGAACACAAAGAACUCAUGAAUCUCUCUCGCCACGGAACCCCCAUGUCCACGGUCGAAGGCGCCGCCCUGCACGGCCCCCACUCCGCCCACGCCCACCGCAUGUCCGUCUCUGGCGUGCAGCCCAUGCUCAGUGACGACUUCACCUCCUUCACCUCCAGCCCCACCCAAGACCUUCGCUACACCCUCCCUGCCCACCCCCACAACCACAGCCCUUUGCAUCACGCCGUGGUCCACCGCACCAGUGCAUCCGGCGUCUUCCGGCGCGCCCGCAGUGCCACCGUGGGCGAGAUCGGCCCCUACCAAAAGUCCCACUCCUGCCCCAUCCCCAUGUGCGGCCGCCUGUUCAAGCGCUUAGAGCACCUCAAGCGCCACGUGCGCACGCACACGCAGGAGCGGCCGUACAUCUGCCCGCUGUGCAACAAGGCCUUCUCCCGCAGCGACAACCUUGCGCAACAUCGCCGCACGCAUGAGGCGAACCCCGAUGCCGACGCGCCUGAUGAGGAGGAGAUUGAGGAGGAGAGACUUGUCGCGCUUGGCGGCGAGGAUGCCAUGGAGGGUGCGGAGGGAGACGUCGGACUCUCGACGCACGUCGAAUUGGGGACUUUCACGCAGCCGCAGCCGCAGCAGGCGUUGGUUGCCGCGGGAGAGUAUUAGCGGUUUCCAGCUGGAGCGCCGGAUUUUCCAUUCGUGAACUUUGACGUGCUGGAUCGUCGGUUCUUGUACCUAUAGGCAGACAUUCUUGGAGGACGAUUCUUUUCCUUGGGAAGAAAGCGAGGCGAUUGGGAGCUUUGCGAGACGCGGACAGCUGGUCUCUUGAGAAUGUGGUGGAGGGGAAGAUUUUCGAUUCAGGAGAGUAGUAUCUUGUAGAACUAGGCAACUUGUCUUUUCUAGA